AUGCCGGACUCUGUACUUAACGAUAUAACCAAAGAAGAGGAAGAUACUAUCUUAUUUUACUAUCAAGUGAAAAUGCUUGACUUAUGUGAAUUCUUAAAAACACCAAUUCAGGUCCAAAGUACAUCUAUAACUUACUUUAAAGUGCUUUUUACUAAGAAACGAGUCUUUCACUAUGAUAUGCGCAAUCUUAUUGUUGCUUGUGUCUUUCUUGCCAUGAAAGUCGAGAAUAUUUAUGUAACUGCUGAAUGUAUAAAAAGUAGAUUAGGGUUUGUGAAAGUUUCCCUACUAGUUCAAUAUGAAGUAGACAUCUGUAAUGCUCUUAAGUUCAAUUUUCAUGUAUCUUCUCCCUAUCUUAGAUUGUUAGGUUUGUUUUUACUUCUCAAAAACAAAGAACGUAUCUAUGCCGAGUUAGAUGGACCUGUUCCUACUCAGCAAAUAGAAGAGAUUGAUCGUAUGCUUAAUUGGGAGAAGUCCAUUGAGAAUCUCAAAAACAUCAUGUUAGCCGAUGACUAUUUGCAACUCAAUCCUAAUGAAGUAGCCCUGGCCUCUCUAGCCGUACGUCCAUCGGAGUUACAAGGUUUCUUUAUGCCGGAUACUUUAGAGGCCGUCAAGAAGAUCAAAAUGCACACAAUUCGUCGAGAAGCACCCAAUCAGGAGCAGCUGAAAAUGAUCAAUGAAAAGAUUCAAGCCAUCCAGCGCCAUUACAGCCUAACCCAAUCCUAA